AUGGCACCUGUCAUCGCACCCUUCGAGGCCACGGCCGUCGAGUCUAUCCCAAGCACAGUCAACCUCUGCAAGACCACUUUCCGAACACAUAAAUCGAAGCCGGUUGCCUAUCGACUUGUCCAGCUACGCAAGCUCUGGUGGGGCUUGCAUGAUAACAUGGAAGCCCUCACAGAGGCAUGCAAGAAAGAUUUGGGAAAGCCAGUAUUUGAAACAGGCAUUUCGGAAAUAGACUGGUGUAUGAACGACAUUAUAUUCGUGACAAAGAAUUUGGAGAAGUGGGCGAAGGAUGAGUCUGCUCCAGACAUCGAUCUACAAAACAAGCUAUUCAGUCCCAGGAUCAAGAAGGAGCCCCUCGGUACAGUCCUAAUCAUUGGCGCAUUCAACUUCCCAAUCCAGCUUUCAUUCGGCCCCCUUAUUGGAGCUAUUGCCGCAGGAUGCACCGCUGUUCUGAAGCCCUCAGAGGUCUCACCCGCCAGCGCAAUGGUUCUCAAGAAAAUAGUUGAGGAAUACCUCGACCCGAAUGCUUACGCAGUCGUUAAUGGUAGUAUCCCAGAAAGCACUGCUUUGCUGAACGAGAAGUGGGAUAAGAUCUUCUACACUGGCAGCGGUAACGUUGGGACUAUUAUUGCCAAAAAGGCAGCCGAGACUCUUACUCCAGUUUGUCUAGAGCUUGGAGGACAAAAUCCAGCUUUUGUCACCAAUCAUGCUGAUGCUCGCCUUGCAGCCCGCCGACUGCUGUGGGGAAAGCUACAUAACGCAGGCCAAGUUUGUAUCAGUCAGAAUUAUAUCAUGGUUGAAAAGGACAUCUUGCCAGCAUUUAUUGAGCAGCUGAAAGUCGCGAUUAAGGAGUUUUAUCCAAAAGGUCAGAGGAACAGCGAAGAUUUUGCGCGAAUCGUCAAUAAUAGACACUUUCAGCGAAUCAAGAAGAUGGUUGACGAUUCGAAGGGGAAGAUCUUGAUUGGUGGAGAGAUGGACGAGUCUGACAACUUCAUUGAGAUUACGGUCGUUCUCGUUCAGGAUCAAAACGAUUCGAUGAUUGUGGAUGAAUCUUUUGGCCCUUUGAUGCCUCUGCUUGCUGUGGAUAAUAUCGAGGAGGCCAUCCGUACUGCCAAUUCCGUCCAUUCAACACCAUUGGGUUUAUAUGCUUUCGGAUCAAAAGCCGAGACGACAAAAAUCCUCAACGAAGUAACAUCCGGUGGCGCUUCGAUCAACGAUGCCUUUUACCAUGGCUCCAUCCCAACCCUCGCCUUCGGCGGGGUGGGAGACUCAGGCCAGGGUGCCUACAGAGGUAAAGCCUCCUUCGACACAUUCACGCACCGCCGCUCCAUCACCACCACACCCGGCUGGAUCGAGAAGAUGCUCGACAUCCGCUAUCCACCUUACGCCGGCAAACUCGAGAAGUUCCGGAAGAUGAACGGUAAGAAGGCCAACUUUGACAGGAACGGAAAGGAGAUCAAGGGCCUUGGUUACUGGUUGAGAGGUCCUAGUUUUAAGGCGGGCUUGGUGAGGUGGGUGUUGGUCGCUGCCGUUGCGUUUGGUGCUAAUCGAUAUGCCACUGCUGGUGCUGGUCGAUUGCCAUCUUGGUUGAGAUAG